ACCCGGAUUUUUUUUUCUUUUUUUUUUUUAAUCAUCGCUGUGAAAGUAUUGCGUCAAUAGGAUAACAAGUUUGGCGACGUGUUACUGUAGGCCUCAAUAAUAUUCAUAAUUCUAUAACAAAAGAUCCGGAUGAUGGAAAAAGGUAAAAACACCCUUAUAGACAGUUUAAAAAAUCAAAUUGCAUAAACCCCGUCGGACUUUCAAAUCAAUUUGGAGCUCUAAAACUUGUUGGAGAUGCGUCAUUUAUAGUGAAUUCACCGAAAACUUCGAAAAGGAAGUUGAUGAACCUAUGCGGCGGAAGCAUUGUGGAUCUCCACGACGAUUGCGGAUUCAACUACAAAUAUUUCCCGAUUGACAGCGUCUUGAGGUUUAACCUGGUGGAGGAUCUCGUUCUCUGGAGACAAGGAUACAGUUCACACUUGGAAGAGAGCUUAACGAAAGUGUUGAAGCCGGAGGAUAUGAUUCAUAUCGACACCAUGAUCACCAGCAUUUUAUUUUGCUUGUUUUCCAAGAGUUUCGUGAUUCUGGAACACUUUCGCAAUUUCGAAGAAACGUUUGAAAAAUCCGCCAUCAUUUCGACGAUUUUAAGAACGGUAACGAGAAAACACGGCCCCUAUUUGGACGUCAUUUCGUGUACAUCGCUCAUGAAAAACUGGUUUUACCCUAAAAACAGUUACAUGUGA